UCCCAUCCAUCACCUCCACCCCUCCCCUCACUCUCAACACACACAAUUGGGCAACGGUUCGUUUCUAGCCCAUUCUCUCCUGUGACACCACGGUGGGCAGAAACUUGGGCAGCUGCCUUUGUGCUACAGAACCAUAUAACGCAGGUUGUGUAUUUUUUUGCUCUCGGGAAGUGUUUUGUUGUUGUUGUUGUUGUUGUUCUAGCAGUGACAAAGUGGAGAUGAAUCAAUUGGGCGGAUACUGCAGCGCGUAAAAGUUGUGGAUGGUUACUUUUACGCAUAAACAUUUAAAGGACUAUUUUAUCUCCAAAAGUCGCGGUACAACACAAGAGCAGGUGAAAUUCUUCCCUCUACAAAAAUAUCACCCACAAGCAGGCUGGAAGACCAUCCACUCCGGAGAACACAGCGAAUCCGCAGAGCGCAGAUGAUCGCAACUGGUGUUUGCGGUGUUGCGCUGGUGCUGGUGUUGGUGGUCUUGAUCCCGGUCGUGGUGAACUCCGCCGGGACCCCUGCCCGCUACGAGAUGCUCGGGUCCUGUCAAAUGGUGUGCGACUCCCACGGGACCGCGGCCACGGCCACGGCCAAGGCAACCAACCCGGUCAAAGACAACCGCCUGGUUCAGUCUCUUCCAACCUUCAUCCAGGGUCCUCAAGGAGAGCCGGGACGCGUCGGGAGGAUGGGUCCGAGGGGUCCGGUUGGCGAGCUCGGGCCACCUGGACCUGCUGGUCCGCCCGGAGAGAGGGGGGCACCGGGUCCACCCGGAACACCUGGAGCAAAUGGGCCUAACGGUGCCAUCAGCGCUGCCACUUACAACACGAUCCCAAAGAUCGCGUUUUACGCCGGACUGAAGAAGCAGCACGAGGGAUAUGAAGUGCUGAAAUUCGACGACGUAGUCACGAAUCUGGGCAACCACUAUGACCCAUCUUCAGGGAAAUUCACCUGCUCAAUACCGGGGAUUUACUUCUUUGUUUACCAUGUGCUGAUGCGAGGCGGAGAUGGAACCAGCAUGUGGGCUGACCUCUGUAAGAACAACCAGGUGAGAGCCAGCGCCAUCGCCCAGGAUGCCGAUCAGAACUACGACUACGCCAGCAACAGCGUUGUCCUGCACCUCGAGCCCGGGGACGAGAUUUACAUCAAGCUGGACGGCGGAAAGGCGCACGGGGGCAACAACAACAAGUACAGCACCUUCUCCGGCUUCAUGCUGUACGCUGACUGAAACACGGAACAUCCACUCCGCACAUAGCUCGCUUCACUGCUCAUGCUCACUUCAGUGUCAGUUGGAUUACUGGAGGCAGAGCUACAUCAUUUCCAUACAGCAAAAAGAGUCCAGAAAGACGUGGAGGACGUCAUGCAGAAGAAAAAAAACUGUACUUUGCAAAAGCCCAAGAGCUUACAGUGUCACUACAGAAUAAUGAUAAUGAAUGUUGAAGUGUGAAAUGUACCCGUGUCACAUUGAUUAGUGUCACUAAUGCACUCUGGACGAACUGUUUAGCUUUACAAAUUAAGUUCGCUGAUAUGUCAAACAUAUUCUGCUGUGGUAACAUACCGAGUGUGGACUUAAUAGAUGCAAAAAUUAUACUCACAUCACAACCACUGUGUUCACAGUGUAGUUAGUCCAUGUGUGCUUUAUUUUUAAAAAUAUAUUUGUUGCCUUUUGAGUGAAAAUGUUCAAAGUCGUAGUGAUGCAUGAUUAUAAAAAAGACAUUUCAACUCUGUGCAGCAUAAGAAACACUUCUGUAAAGGGCCAUUCUGAUGUUCAUAUUGAAGCACCGUCUCAACAUCAUUGUAACUCAUACUUCUUGUCUCAAUGUGACAGCUGGUUGGGGGCAACAGGGUGGUCUGGUGCUUGGUCACCAUCACAAAACUGGACAGUUGCAACUGAAAUGUUUCCUUGAUUGUGAAGCCCUCUCCAGUUGAUGUGUAAAAAUAUCAUGGGAAAUUAAAUUCUCUGGCUCACUUUUUUUUUUUUUUAAUCCUCUCAGGAGAUUGAUCAAAGUUAUAUAGUUUUUCACGGAGCACAGUCACUUGCGGGGCGACCACGCCAUUGAUCAUGUGGUGAAGUCCCCCCCCCUUGUGAGGCCACCUGUUCCCAGAUGAGAGGAGAACGUGUCCUUCAUCCAGCCAGCCUCCCAUAGGCAGCCAGACACCCACUGAGGGGCAACAGGACAACUCAUCCAACACAGCCGCGUUGUGUCGAGAGCAGAGCGGCAUACUGAUUACUAACGCGCUCGUUAUUUUCAUCCCAUAAAAACGUGGUUCGCAGACACCAAACAAAGACACCUACAAAGACAAAGCAACGACACAUUGACAUUGAAAAAUCAAUUAGCGCCACAUUUGUGAGCGCUGCAAGA